CAAAGCUCCAGACUAGCUCUGCUACCUAUUCCACUAUCCCCCGCGACCCCCUCACCCCCACCCAGCGAGGAACAGCUAAGCAAGACUUAGGGGACAUGGUACUACUGCCUGGGGCACCACAAGCUGCACAGUCAGAACCACCCUCCCUCCACCCUCACUUGCACAUCCACUCACUCAAGCAUGCUCACGUUUACCCCCAGUGGUCUUCCACUCAAACCAAUACACAUAUUGUGCAGCUGUGCAGGGAGGCCCCACUCCAGCCCAUGGCCCAAUGAAGACUACAACCCAUGUAGCCCACCUCCCACCAACCCCACCAUGACCCUCGGCCACAGGCCCGAGCAGCAACCACAGAGUUUUGGACCACUAGUGCAGGCAGCGUGUCGCCCCAGCAGGGGCAGCGUCCCAGGGGGGCGCAACCCACCACUGGCAGCUAUCCCUGCCCCUGAACGAGCCACCAGGUCACGCUCCUCCUGGACGUGACAGACCUCUGACCUCAGAGAAUAAAACACAUGAAGCAUAGACGAUUUGUCUCCUCCAGGAAUGAGACUGGUCUUUAGUCCACUUCAGAGACUGUGACGCUAGGACACAGAUAUAAACAGUCAUUACCACAGUUUAGAAAUACUCUAAAUGACAACAAAGGUAAAAUAACUAGUUAUGUAGAAUAUUGAAGAACAAAGCAUCUGUUUUUUACCCUUCAUCCCAACCAAGCAUUAGAGUUAAUGUUCACGUGUGCAACAAGCUUUGUUGCACUGUGUUAACACGUGAACAUUAACUCUGGUUGACUCUAACCCUAAUUCUCUGUGGAAACAGACAUACUACCACAACUAAUUCUCUUUUGCUAAUCCAUGCUCUGGGGAUCACGACCAUCAAUAUAAUAGGUUUGACUGAUGUUAUCAAUAUAGUUCUGCACACUCACUUUUCCUCCUGCAGCUUUUCUCUUUGUGGUCUGGAAGCCGUUUGAUCUUAAUAUUUGUCAUCUCGAUCAAUAUUGUCUUUAGUUUUCUGUGUAAAUAUGUGAGAAUGAGACGAAGGAGGAGCUGAAGUGAAACACACACACUAAAAUGUUUCACGCUUCUUUUUCUAGUUUCAUAUAAAAAGGAAAAAAUCCUUCAGUUGUACCAUACAAUUAGUAGAUCAACAUGAGUGUUAACAUUUAGUUACUAUGAAGACAUGUAUUUAGGCAGCAGCUUCCACCGGACGAUUCAUUAUAAACAGAAUAGAAUAUUCAGCUUGGCUGAGAUAAACGUUGACUAGCAUUAAGAUGUGUAUGAACAAUGAGCCAUCUGUUUCUGUUACAAAGUCCCUUUGUUUCCACCCGUCAGUGUAAACGCGCUUGGUUCAUCGUCCUUGCACUGAGAUGUUUCGUUUCUCUUUUCAUUAUGUUUUUCUCAUGUGCUGAACCUUUACUGAGCUGCAGGAAGCGUCAAGGCUUGUGUUCUCCUUUUUUGUGUUGUGUCACUGUAAAUACUGAAAACCAAGCAGAAAUAUAAUCACUGUGUAAUGACCUGUGUGCAGGGUAAGAUGAGGGAAAUUAGCAAGAAUUAGAGAUUCAUCAGACAGUUGUGUGUUUUUAUGACUGGACCCAGUUUUUCUUUUUUUCAAACAUGUUUGUACCAUUGAAAGUUCUGCCAACAAACAACCUGGAUCUGCUUUAUUGUGGCAUUCACAUAACUCAGCUUGUCUUUAAAUGUCAUUUAUAAAACAGAGGAGUCGUGUGUCUGAAAGUUGAAUCUGCCACAGUCCAAACACAGUAAACAUUCAGAAUAUGAGACACAAAAACACUGUGUGUCUCUGACUUUGCUUGGCGCCGCCCCCAAACGCUCACAGAGUAACACUGUCAUGGUCAUCUAACUGGAUAAUGAGCUCACACUCAGGAUGGCUGUUGCCUCGCCUCGUCGCUUGCCUCCGCAGACCCUCGACAUGGUCAUCUUCAUUCUGUCAGGAAACAUUACCGGGGGCCCGAGGACAGAGACCUGGGGGACCCCGAACGUGACAGCUGCACAGCUGGCGUCAGUUUGCUCCUUUAAAGUGCCGGAGGGAGGAGUGGCCUCUCUGUCCUGCCAAUACUCCGUCAAGCGCUUUGGUCUCAGUCGGGUCUGCUGGGGCCGCGGCUGCGGAACCUUCUGGUGCAGCAACAUCCUGGUCCAGACCGACCAGAACGGCGUCAUCUCCAAGGUGGCAGAUCGGUACCGGCUGACCGGGGACAUCAUGGACGGACAGGUGGAUCUGGACAUCCUGGGCGUAAAGUGGACGGACAGCGGGCCGUACUGCUGCCGGGUGGAUGUGGACGGGCUCUUUAAUGACAAGAAGGUGAUCAUGAACCUGCGGGUGGUCAAAGUUCCAGUCACCAUUUCUCCUCCAACAACAACAACAACAAUCCCAACAACAACAGCAGCAGCAGGCCAAGCCACAGAGAUGCCGACCUCCACAGUGAACUGGAGAAUCCUGCUGUCGUCCCAGUUGGACCUUCUCAGGAGGAACUCCACUCUGCUGCGCUCCGACAUCUUCACUGUGGAGGACUCUGUCCCGUCUCUGUCCCUUCAGGUCAACGUCCCCGUUCUCUCACUCUCCCUCAGCGUCUUGUUCAUCUUGGUGGCGGUUUUCCUCCUUAUGGCCUUCAAGCGUGGAAUCCACAGACAAGCUUUAAAGACCGACUGUUUCUCCUCUGAAGAACCUCCUCACAUCAUCUACGAGAUCCGGAUGAGGAGACCAGUCCAGGAGAACAUCUACACUCUGGACUAAAACAAUUUAAACCUGGACCUGAAGUGUUAGAGGAAUGGCAAUAGAGCCGUCGUCUGUCUCUGAGUAGAUUGUCUACUGCUGCAGUUGGUGUCAAUUUUCUACUGUAAACAAGAAAAUGUGAAUUAAAGUCAAACAAAUACUAAAUACA